ACGAGGCACUGAAAAGUGCAAAUCACCCAGAUAUUGUGUUUUCCUAUUCCCGCUAUACAAGCCGAGCGAGCAUCAGCGUACCUGUCGGGAAAAAAAUUAUCCUGAAACCCGACUCCCCCAGUGUCGUUCUGGGCUUGGGAUCGAUUGCAGAAUCCGUGACCAUACAACCUGGUCUUUUCACAUCACCGUAUGCAGUUGAUCUGACUAGAGGGAGAAGGUUUGUGUUGUUGUAUACAGACCUGAUCGCCCAGGCCGUGGAAUAUGAAGACAAUCAGGACUCGAGGAUUUUGAAGACGUUCCCCAUUCAAACUCACAACGGUAUCAACAAUUACAUAUUUGGAGAGAGAGACAAACGCGCUCUACUUCCGCACUCAAGCGUUACGGAAAUAUCAUUUUGGCUGAAGUACAACACUGGAGAGUUUAUCACCACGGGGUACCCGGCGUUAUUGGAUCUGAGAAUCGAGUAAAUUUUUCCACGUACAAGUAAGAAUGGCGCAGCACGUCGUGGCCACUCAGAUCCCAGACCCCUUUAAGGGGCUGCUGUCGAAAACUAAAGUGGUGCAGAAUAGCAUCCUAGAGCGAACCGAAAAGAAGAUAUCACUCCUAGAGGGGAGAAACUUUGUAAGACUGUAUUCUCGAAAUGGUUCACCACCCUCUCUGAACAGCGAAUUGGAUAUAUCAUCACCAAAUUUCAUUGCCUUGAGUGAAAGUUACUUUAUCGUCAAACUCCGGUAUGAAGUUAGUGAUAGUCGGGCUAAUGGAGCCAGAUCAUAUCCACACUGGGUGUGUACCACCUCCCCUGCAUUUUCAUGGUUCAAGAAUAUCCGCGUGGAACUAAAUGGCACGGAGGUGACGCAAUCUAGCAAGGUGCAAGAUAUGCAGAGUGUGCAACACAUUCUUAGCCUUAUGGAGAGUGACGUGGCUAAACUCCAAUAUUCCGAUUCUGAUCUGUACGGACUUCAGAAACUCGACCCCCAGAAGUGUGUUAAAGAUAUACCUCUAGGGAAUUAUCGGUAUGGUGUAAAACGCUCGCACGCCUAUGCGUUUGCAACAAACACAGAUGGCGAAGAUGAUUUCGAUGGUACGACACUGAAAAGACGGCCCACUGUCCACCUGUCGAAUGAGGAGAACUUCAGUAAUACUGUUCUGGAAAACGUUGCCCGUGUGACAUCAGGGCAUUUCCAGUUCAAAAUGAGACCAUUCCUUCCCUUCUUCAAUGUGGAUGAUGCGUGGUUGCCUCCAGGAACACAAAUCAAAAUACGGUUUGAUUUACCGCAAACCCAGCUCUCUAGAUAUAUGAUUGUCUCGGAUAGAGGCGGAGGAGGAAACAGUCUAACAGGUGUUGGGCCUGUCAACAUUGAUCUGCUGCAGCUGGACUUUGUUUACCCUACCUAUAGAAUGGAUAAGGCAUACGUAGAUCAAGUGCGUCUGCCUAAAGAACUAUAUUUCCAUACCUGGUGCCCUCGGCUUGUACAGAAGAGUUUGACAGACGAUGCAGGUACUCUGGAGCUACUCCACAAUUCAGAUAUUCCUAGGAGGAUGAUCCUGUUCUUUUCUGAUCUGAAACUCGGAGAAGAUGCUGUCUUGGGUGGCGGCGCUGCCAGUAAUUUCAGCAAUCGCCUGGCCAUGGUACAUGCGAAUCUUUCCCAACUCAGAGUAACCAUUAACGAUGAAUCUGUGUUCGACAGUCCGCUGAAGUUCAGAUGGGAGUGUUCCGAAAACAGUGAUGCCAAGCACUAUUAUGACUAUAACAAGUCGAGCUAUUUACGUGGAUACAACUUGGUUCAAGAGUUCUUUGGAAAGACCUAUGGGGCUGAAAUACCUAUCACAGCCUCGGAUUACUGUAACCAUUACUUUAUGAUACCAAUCAACCUCAAUCUAGACAGGAUGCUGGACAAUGAAAAGGUCAGGGGUAACAUGUCACUCGAUUAUCAAUUCGCCAAUGUGGCCAACGCCCCGAUCAAUGUACCCAGUCACGCAAGCACAUCGAUCAAGGUCAAUUUAUUAUGUCUCGACCAGUAUAUGUAUACCAUGAGCAAGGAAGAAGGCAUCAAGUGGGAGACUGUGUAAAUAUUUCCACGUUAUAGUAACAAUGCAGGGAGGAGAUUUGGAAACCACACCCCGAGCGUGGGGAGGUGAUCUACAGACUUUGGAAAGACAAUACGGGUCUGGUAUCUGGGGCUUCAUCAAAAACAUCUUUGGAGGUGCACAGGCUGAGGAGCUUCGAAAAAGAAUGCAAGACCCCGAACAAGGCCAAAAGCUCACCCAGAGGGGUGGGCUUGGGAUGGGGGCGAUGUUAGGCAUGUCGCUUCUUCCCAUGCUCUUGGGUCGAGGUCAAGACGGCGAGUCCAUCAGACGUCAGAUGGUAGCCGGCCGUGAACCCAUGAUGCAGCGAGGCGGACUGAGCAUUCCACCGGGACUCGUGGCUAAAGCCCUACCCAUAUUGAAAACCGUUGGUGCACCCUUAGCUAUGGGGGCGCUAGCGUCCGUCGGUGACAAUCUGGUGGACAAGGUAUUUGGC